UGUGGUGGUUUGAUUGCUGCUGCUGCGAUAUCACUGUAUGCAAAUUCCCUUAUUGCCAAGCUCCAUGAGUUUGGAGGAAGGAGGCAUAUAAGAUACAGGGAUCUUGCUGGAUAUAUCUACGGUGGAAAGGCAUAUUCUCUUACAUGGGCGCUGCAGUAUAUCAAUCUUUUCAUGAUAAAUACUGGCUACAUCAUUUUGGCUGGUUCAGCACUAAAGGCCGUCUAUGUUCUGUUUAGGGAUGAUCAUCAAAUGAAGCUUCCAUAUUUUAUUGCCAUAGCUGGAUUCGUGUGUGCAAUGUUUGCUGUAUGCAUCCCCCAUCUUUCAGCUCUGAGAAUUUGGCUGGGAUUUUCAACAGUCUUCAGCCUAAUAUAUAUUGUAACAGCUUUUGCGUUGUCGCUUAAAGACGGCUUGAAAUCACCAGCUCGAGAUUACAGCAUCCCCGGUUCAACAACAAGUAAAAUAUUUACAACAAUUGGAGCGUCUGCUAGUCUUGUGUUUGCAUAUAAUACAGGGAUGCUUCCCGAGAUACAGGCAACUAUCAGGCAGCCGGUAGUCAAAAACAUGAUGAAAGCUCUAUAUUUCCAGUUUACAGUUGGAGGUCUACCUCUUUAUUUGGUAACAUUUACAGGGUAUUGGGCUUAUGGAUCUUCCACAUCAUCCUAUUUGCUGAGUAAUGUGCAUGGUCCAGUCUGGUUGAAAGCCACUGCCAACAUUGCUGCCUUUUUGCAGUCAGUCAUCGCAUUGCAUAUAUUUGCAAGUCCAAUGUAUGAGUUUUUGGAUACUAAAUACGGGAUCACAGGAAGUCCGUUGGCUCUGAAGAACUUGUCAUUUCGAGUUUUGGUAAGGGGUGGCUACUUGGCCUUCAAUACAUUUGUGUCUGCUCUCCUUCCUUUCCUUGGAGAUUUCAUGAGCCUCACAGGAGCUAUCAGCACAUUUCCGCUGACAUUUAUACUGGCGAAUCAUAUGUAUUUAGUGGCAAAGAAGAACAAACUAACGUCCUUACAAAAGCUCUGGCACUGGCUUAAUGUUUGUUUCUUUGGCAUCAUGUCUGUUGCUGCCGCAAUUGCAGCACUACGGCUCAUCGCUGUUGAUUCCAAAACGUACAGCCUUUUUGCUGAUUUAUGAUUAAAUCCAAUUUAUUCUCUAAGCAAAUGCAAA